AUUUAUUUUUGUAGUAUAUUUUCUUUUGAAAUUUGAUUAAGCUCUAACUUCUAGUGCUAUCUGAUUUAGAACGUUUGAAUAAAAAGUCCGUAAUAUAUACUAUGAGUAACUAGUUUUUUUUGUUUUGAAAGCUCUACUCGUGUCACAACUAUGUCAUCGACUGUUUUAUUGACAUUGUUCUGUUCAUAAGUGAUAGAAAUAUCACUGUGUUUACAUCACUUCUAGAUGUUAUUGUAGUUUGUAUCAGUUAAAGAUAUUCUAUUCAUUUACUAUUUAUACAGCAUGGGCAGAAAAACGAACAUUGCAGAGACUAGAAAUAAUUAUUCUCUUUAUGCCCAACAAGUGUAACCAUAAUCAGUUGUUUCACAUGUGUUUCUUUCUUGGCUCUGUAAAACAGAGGACUCAAAGCUUUUUAGACUUUAAAGCAUAUUACUUUGAUUACUGAUCAGAUGAAACAAAAAUGGUUUUUUCUUGUUUAAACUGCUCUAUCAAGUAAAGUAAGUUUUGCUUAUCCUUGAAACAGGUUAGUUGGAAAUCAAACAGCAAUCUGUCUAUUUAUAAGUUACAGAUGACAGUUAUACAUUGGGAUAUUCUGUGUUUGUUUGUGUAAUCUAGGCAUACUGAUAUUGUAAUGGUAGCCAAUGGGCGCUUUUCCAAUCAUCGCAAUGUUGGCAAAUUAAAAAAGUUAGCCAGCAUUCACUAUCUUCUUCAUGUGAAUUUUAUAUUGUGGUUGGCAGUUUGCACUUUCAUUUAUUUACAUUGUAUCUUUUUUUUUCUCUUUGAGAUUGAUCUUUUUUACAAUUUGAUGAAACAGUUUGAUGGACAGUUCUAUGCAGAUAAUUUCAGGUGAAAAUAACGAACGAUACUUCUUAUCAGUUUUUCAAAAGUGUAUAGCUUUUGGAAUUCCGAUAGUUUUCUUCGCACCUUGUCAAAUCGAUCGGAUGAGUAUGAUUAUAGGAAGCAAGAAAUAUAAUGAUAUAUAUAUAUAUGUAUGUAUUUUCUUAUUCGAAUCUGUUGCAUUUUCACUCGGUAAUUUCUUUCUAGUUGUCAGAGAUAAUUUUCAAAAAAAAAAAUCUCCACAACUAAUAUUUCUGGCUUUUUCUUUAUUCCAAAAAAAUUAUAUAAGCCUGAUGGUGAAGACCAGGUGAAGAAACGUCAGCUUAUGGAAUUAGCAAUUAUUAAUGGUACGUAUCGCGCUGUGAAUCAACGUUGCAUUUGCUUCCCGUCAAGUGACAGAGAUGAGGAUUCACACCAACAAUAUGUAAAUGGACAUGUGAUAAGGUGUUCUCACAGUCCAAUCGGUAAUUCAGACUUCACGUCGAACCAUAAAGAUCGUCAACAAGCACAUAUCCAACAAGUUCAACAACAUCAACAGCUCAUACUGCAACAUCAAUCACUCACUGUAUUAAAUCAUCAAGCGGCUGCAGCAGCUGCGGCAGCUGCAGCUGCAGCUCAAAUAUUACCAUCAAAUAAAUAUUCUUCAAAUAGUAUUUUACCUCAGAUUCAAUCUCAGGUACUUCCUGCAUCAUUAACAACAAAUUGUAUACUUCCUGCAGCAGUAAACUCUGCUUUGUCUCAAGCUAAUUCAAUGCAUUCCAUUUCAAAUAAUCAAUUAUCCCAUUCUCUCCCAUCAUUCAGCUCAGCGAAUUUAUCUACAUAUUUACCGAACAAUAAUAUAUCUGGGCUUUUAUAUCCUUUGACUGCAAAUGCAGCAUUAUCUGCAACCGUCAGCACAGGAUCAGCCACGAAUAAUGGGCAACUUAAUCUGACUCUUCCGUUAAGCCAAAUUGCUGGUGGUAUAACAGGAAAUGGACUUUCUGGUUUAUCCUUACCAAUUGGCUCUAAUCUACAUGCAGCUAGUCAUGACCAGUUAGCUGCUGUGGCGGCUGCUCUCCUUAGUGGGAAUGGAACUGGAAGUGUUGGUGCAAACAAUUCAAACUUACAGUUAUGCAAUGGUAAUAUGAAUAAUCCUGUAUCUAAUAUAAACUCAGGUGCUCAUAGUUACCCUGUCACUUCACAUACGUCAUUAGCAGAAGCUGUAAAUAUACUGGAAUUUAACAACGCAUCCAAUACACAAGACACUGGUUCAGGACCACUGAAACUACGUUCCUUACAAGCCACAUCGUCCACAGUUUCCCGAAUGCAUCCUUACCUAAGGCAAUAGUCAUUGGCUGACAUCAAAUGCUGCAAACAACACAGAAUCUGCUUAUACAUAUAUAUAUAUACACAAAUAUACACAUAUAUACAUAUAUAUCCAUGACAAAUAACAGCUGUUAUUAUUCAUUGUGAUUUUACAUUUACCAACAGGCUUUCAUGAAAUUAAUGAAAAAACAGUUUAUGUGCUUUUUUGUAUACAACUAUUAAUACAGGAAUAUUCAUUCAGCUAUUCAAUUUUUUCUCUUUCUUUUUUUUUCGGUUCUCUUCAUGUACAUUAAAUUGACUUAAUUCAAUGUCUUUAUUAUUUGAAUGAAUUACUUUGAAUGCUUUUAUUUUCUAUUAUCAUUCAUCUUGGAACUUGUAUUUUUAUUUGUUCUUAAACGUUAUUAAAUUUGAAUUGAGCACAACACACACAAAAAAACAAAAAAAAAAUAAAUUGGAGGCUGUUCCAAUGAGAAGAAGAAGAAAAUAAUAUUUUGUUAUGUAUUUUCAUAGAGACUAUUAUAUCCAUGACACAAGAAUAUUUAUGUCAUAACAUUGUUCGCAUUGAUUAGGAUUGCCAACUGGACUGUCUACUGGAAUCCACAUCAUGCCUAUUUUGAAAAUGUUCUUUCUUUUUUUGUUUUCCCGCCAAAAUCUUUGCUUUCAAUUAAAACAGUUAUUUUCUCAUUUUGGAUAACUUUGAUAGUUACUGAAUGUUCUGUAUAUGUGUGCGCAGCAAACGUACACAAAGUUUCUUUUCUUAUACAGACUUUAUUGAAUGAAUGUAUUGGCAUGAACAAUUUGAAAAUAGUUUACAAAUCUUCCUUUAUCUUCGAUUCGUUCGAUUACAGUAGUAGCAUUAAUACAAACUCAUUAAUUGUAUGUACGUUUGCUAUGACUGUUCAAAAUGUUUUCUGUUCUUGUCAAACUACUUGUUCUGCCUGUUUUCUUCAUUUUACAUAUUUUUUUUUUACAAUUCAUAUUGUAUGACAAAUUUUGGACAACCAUGACAGUAAAUUGGUUAGGGAGACUUUUAAUUUGCACAUUUUUAACGCCCUUUAAAGAUAUAUAUAUAUAUAUAUAU